AUGUCCGACAUCCACCGUGCCAGCACCACCGCCCCGGUCAACAUCGCGGUCAUCAAAUACUGGGGAAAGCGCGACCCCAAGCUCAACCUCCCCACCAACUCCUCCCUCAGCGUCACCCUCGCGCAGUCCGACCUCCGCACCCACACCACCGCGUCGUGCUCGUCCAAUUACCCGAAAGAGGACACUCUUCUCCUGAACGGCCAAUCGCAGGAUGUUUCUGGUGCUAGGACACAAGCGUGCUUCAGGGAGCUGAGGGCACUGAGGAAGCAGCUCGAGGACAAGGACUCUAGCCUCGCUAAACUCGCCGACCUCCCUCUGCGCAUCGUUUCCGAGAACAACUUCCCCACCGCCGCUGGACUGGCUAGUUCGGCUGCCGGUUUCGCUGCUCUUGUCCGCGCAAUUGCAAACCUCUACGAGCUCCCUUCUUCGCCGACCGACCUCUCCCGCAUCGCAAGGCAGGGCUCUGGCUCCGCGUGCCGCUCGCUUUUCGGCGGAUAUGUAGGCUGGGAACAAGGCUCCGCUUCGGAUGGCAGUGAUAGUGUGGCUUUCCAGGUUGCGCCUGCGAGCCAUUGGCCCAACAUGCGCGCUGUCAUCUUGGUUGUCAGCGCAGCAAAGAAGGGUGUGUCAAGUACCUCUGGUAUGCAGAUCACUGUUGCUACAUCUAGCCUCUUCCAAUCGAGAGCUACCGAGACGGUCCCAAAGCGCAUGAAGGAAAUGCAGAAGGCUAUUCAGGACAAGGACUUUGAGGCUUUUGGUAAGCUUACCAUGAUGGACAGCAACUCUUUCCACGCUACUUGCCUCGAUACCUUCCCUCCGAUCUUCUACCUCAACGACGUUUCUCGUGCGGCUAUCAAGGUCGUUGAGAGCAUCAACGCUGCGGCUGGGAAGAUCAUUGCUGCGUACACCUUCGAUGCGGGCCCAAACGCUGUUGUGUACUACCUUGAGGAAAACGAGAAGGAGGUUGCUGGUCUGUUCAAGCAGAUCCUGAACGAGAAGGAUGGCUGGCAAGGCGAGAGGGGCCAGGCUGUUCAGGCCAACGCCGACGCGCUCGAGAAGGUCAAGUUUGACGCCGGUCCCGCCAUCACAUUCUUGGAAGAGGGUGUCAGCAGAGUCAUCUUGACAGGUGUUGGUGAAGGUCCAGUCAAGACUGAAGAGAGUUUGAUUGAUGAGAAGGGCGAGCCUGUCAACAGCGCCUAG